CACUCCUCAAUUUCCCAACUUCGCUACCCUCUUCUCUGCCAUUCCAAAACCCAAAACCCAAAACCAGAGAAAGAGAGAGAAAUGUUGCGGUCCCUUGUGAGAGCCACAGCGACAACAAACUCCAAAAUCCAGCCAUGGCGCGUGGCUCCUACUUUUCGCUACUCUUCCAAGCCCGCUCACUUUCUCAAACCCGAUCCCAGGAAUCCCGGCGCCGCCGCCACCGCUGCCAUAGCCGGCCAGGCCGUCUCCGAUCGACAGGAGCGCCUCCGCCUCCUCGCCGAAGAUGACAAGAACCCUUCCCUUGACGUCGGCCCCAGUGGCCGCCCCCUCUUUACCUCCGCUCCUUCUCUCUCACACCUCGCUCGCCAACACGCUUCCACCUACUUCAAAUUCACGAAGGGGGGGUUGAACUCUGUGUUACCGGAGGGGUUACCGAUGGGAAUGGUGACGGAGUUCCAGGAGUCCAUGAGAACAGCUUUGCUUGUUCGCCAGAGCUUCCUCGAUCUUCGCGACAAUUUCCGGCGUGUUGUUGAUCCUCCAAUGUGGUCUACUAAUGCUAAAGGUGUGUAGAUCAUGUUGAAAGUUCUUACGUUUUGUUUUUUCUGGGUGCUUCAUUAUGCAUUUCCUUAGAGUCAAUGUGACUAGUGUUUGGAUUUAACUUAAGUUUCCUUGAUCAGCUGAAAGUGUUUGAUCCUAAUAUAUGGAAUUUGGCUUGCUUUUCUAUGGUUGAUUCUGA